AUGCUCUCUCUGCGACUGUUUCGCAGAUUUGGUACCACGCUCCAUAUUGCUGCUGUUGAGCCGUCUAUUGACAAGGUCUUUUCUGCUAGGAAUAGUGGGGAUUCGAAUAUUAUGCGAAAACCUAUUGAAAUAGAUGAGCCAGCACUAGUUAAGUUGAAGAAUGAAACGGACCCCGAAAAGUUGUUUAAUUUAUUUAAGGCCAAUGCCCACAAUAAGGUUGUUGUUGAAAAUCGAUUUGCAUUUGAGGAUACAGUUUCUAGAUUAGCUGGUGCUGGUAGGUUUGAUUACAUUGAGAAUUUGCUGGACCAUCAGAAGACUUUGCCACAGGGCCAUCGAGAAGGAUUCAUUGUUCGAAUUAUAAUGUUGUAUGGGAGGGCUGGAAUGAUUAAGCAUGCUGUUAAUACAUUUUAUGAUAUGCAUUUGUAUAGUUGUAAGAGGACUGUUAAGUCGUUUAAUGCUGCGUUGAAGGUUUUGACUCAAUCCCGUGAUUUGGAGGCGAUUGAAUCUUUUCUUAGAGAUGUGCCUUUCAGCUUUGGCAUAGAGCUAGAUGUGUUUUCUAUUAAUAUUGUUAUCAAAGCAUUUUGUGAAAUGGGUAUAUUGGAUAAAGCUUAUCUGAUCAUGGUUGAGAUGGAAAAGCUGGGAAUAAGCCCUGAUGUGAUUACAUAUACAACACUAAUAGCAGCCUUUUACAAGGCAAACCGAUGUGAGAUUGCCAAUGGACUAUGGAAUCUUAUGAUACUAAAGGGUUGUCUUCCUAAUGUGGCAACCUUCAAUGCCAGGAUUCAAUUCUUAGUAAAUAAUAGGCGAGCUUGGGAUGCUAACAAAUUAUUGGCUUUGAUGCAUUGCAAUGGGAUAUGUCCAGAUGAGAUAACAUAUAAUUUGGUGAUUAAAGGCUUUAGCUGUGCUGGAUAUCUUGAAAUGGCGAUGAGAGUUUAUAAUGCUUUUUGCCAUAAAGGAUACAAGCCCAAUCAAAAGAUUUAUCAGACCAUGAUCCACUAUCUUUGUCGAGCAGGUAAAUUUGAUUUGGCAUACACUUUUUGUAAAGAAAGCAUGCAAAAGAAUUGGUAUCCUAAUGUGGAUAGCAUCUAUAAGCUGCUUGAAGGCCUGAGGAAGGAUGGAAAACUUGACAAACUUGAAAAGGCUAAAUAUAUUUUUCUCUUGGCUCAGAAAAGGGUGCCUCCUUUUUCUGGUGAUCAAAUCAGUAUUAUGAAAUCCAAAUUGUUGCGUAGUUAA